AUGGGACGCUUAAGCUACCCUUCGCAGCUGGACAGUCCGUCCAAACAGCUCAUGCUAGACCUAACCCGGGAUCUAGAACAGCUCCGGGUGCACAAUACGGAGCUGAAGAAGGCCAAAGCCUACGAGCGUCGGUCUUUCUACGAGAGUCUGGAUCGAAUCGAUAGUGAGCUUGAAGCGGAGCACAAUGCGGCCCUCGAUAGAGUUGCUGCACGUCAUGUCCAGGUAUUGGAGGAAGCCGAAGAGACGCUGCGGUCACACCAGCGAGCGGUAGAGGAGGAAGUUCGUCGAAAAGAGGAAGAGGCACGUAAAGAGGCAGAGCGUAAGGAGCGUGAAAAGGCAGAAAAACUACGCCAGGAACAGGAGGAAGCUGCCCGGCGCGAAGCGGAACGCAAAGCCGCCGAGGAAGCUAAUAAGAAGGCGGAAGCAGAGGCUGAGAAAAAGCGUCAGGAGGAACAAAAGGAAAAGGAGCGCAAGGAAAAAGAGCGACUGGAGGAAGAGAACCGACGUCACCAAGCGGAGAAGAAGGCCGAGGAAGAGGCCGCGCGUCUUAAAACCGAAGCUGAGCAGCAGGCACAAGCCGAGAAACGGAAGCAGGUUGGCGGUGCCCGACUGACAGCUGAAGAGAUUAGCGUGCAGAAUCGUUAUGUGGAAUUGCACCAGCAUCUCAAGAAAUUCCGCCAAUACUUGAGGGAUGAAAGCAAGAACAACGCCGCAGUCAAGCAGAACAUGGGAGAAAUGCGGCGAUCGAUCAGAAAAUGCGUCGGUCAGCUGCGAGAAGGAAAGGGAACCAAUAAACAGCAGCUUCAAGAAAUCCGAGCGACCCUCGAAAAGGCUGCUUCCAUCGCGGAACCGUCCGUGGACAUCCGCCAAUUUCUGGCAUUCCCUCCAGACCACAUUGUCAAAUCCGACGAUAACAAAGUGCCGGCCCUCCUUAUCUAUGCCCUGAAUGUCUUCUCCAAAAGUUUGAUCUCUUGCCUCCUGACAGAAGCCUCAAUCAACCAUGGCCACGCCGAGCCGGUUGGCAUCGUGGCAGCCCAAAUCUUCUCUUCGGAUGCAUUCAUCUAUAAAGGCUGCCCGAUGGUUGACAUACUGUGGGCAAAAUACCGCGUCAUUUGCCCGGCCCUCUGGGGAUUCUACGGCAGCGAGAAAACCGAAGGUGGCAGGCGUGCUCUGGGCUGGUGGCGAGAAGCACCAGAUGGUCCUUAUAUCAGUGAGCAGGCCCAUGCAGACCGGAUGACCGCCCUUGGCGCCGGUUUUGCUGCGUUGACUCUGCGCAAUUUCGGGAAAACACCUCGCCAGAAUCCGUUCCCAAACCACCUGUUCUGGUAUACCAUGCACAAGAUCUUGACGAUCCCUCCCGCUGAGAUCCAAGAGACUCAUGUCAUCCUCCUCUCUUCAAUGCUCAAAUCCUCUGCCGAAAGGAUUGUGGGUUUCUUCGGGCAUAUUGGGUUGGCCUUGAUGAGGAGGGCCAUUGUCGAUUUACCAAACAGUGUUCCUCGCCAGACCAUGGGCGUGAACCAGCUGAAACUCCUAAAAGAUCUGUACAAACGCGAGAAAAACAUUAUCAUUUGA